GUAACCCACACGAGUGUCGGCAUCUGUUGCCAAACACGGAGCGAGAAGCCGCCCCAGCGGGUCCUCCCGGCCGUCCCGGCACAGGCGGCGGAGCCCCAGGAGCGGCGGCGGCGGGGACAGGAUGCUCGGGCCCGCGGCCCUGGGAAGGGUCUGGUCCGGCCUGCUCCUCGGACUGGGCGUCCUGUGCCCGGGGGGCUCACCGUGCGGCAUCUCGACCCACAUAGAAAUAGGACACAGAGCUCUGGAGUUUCUCCACCUUCAGGAUGGAGGCAUCAACUACAGACAGCUGCUGCUGGAGCACCGGGACGCGUACCAGGCGGGGACCGUGUUUCCCGACGCCUUCUACCCGGGCAUCUGCCAGAGAGGGCGCUUUCACGAGGUGUCGGAGAGCACCCACUGGACCCCCUUCCUCAACGCCAGCGUCCACUACGUCCGGGAGCACUACCCCCCGCCCUGGGGGAAGGACACGGAGAAGCUGGUGGCCUUCCUGUUCGGCGUCACGUCCCACAUGGUGGCCGACGUCAGCUGGCACAGCCUGGGCAUCGAGCAGGGCUUCCUGAGGACCAUGGCGGCCAUGGACUUCCACGGCUCCUACUCCGAGGCGCAUCCGGCUGGAGAUUUUGGCGGAGACGUGCUGAGCCAGUUCGAGUUUAACUUCAAUUACCUGGCGCGGCACUGGUACGUGCCGGUCGAGGACCUGCUGGGCAUCUACAGGAAGCUCUACGGCAGGGACGCCAUCACCAAGCACGCCAUCGUCGAGUGCUCCUACCUCCAGUUCUUGGAGAUGUACGGCGAGGUGAUGGCCGUCUCCAAGCUCUACCCCACCUACUCCCGGAAGUCCCCGUUCCUGGUGGAGCAGUUCCAGGACUAUUUCCUCGGGGGCCUGGACGACAUGGCCUUCUGGUCCACCAACAUCUACCGCCUCACCAGCCACAUGCUGGCCCACGGGACCCGGGACUGCAGCCUGCCCGAGAACCCGCUGUUCAUCACCUGCGGCGGCCAGCGGACCGGCCCCCAGGGCAGCUCCCACGCGCAGAAGAGCGACUUCCACCGGAACCUGACUGCCUCCCUCACCACGGACGCCGUCAGGCACAUAAACUACACGGCGAGGGGCGCCGUCUUCAGCGUGGACUCCUGGACCUCGGACUCGCUGUCCUUCAUGUACCAGACGCUGGAGAGGAACCUGCGGACGCUCUUCACGGGAAGCUCCCGGCGGCCGCGGAAGCACCUGGCCAGCCCCCUGGCGUCGUACUUCCUGUCCUGUCCCUACGCGAGGCUGGGCUGGGCGAUGACCUCGGCCGACCUCAACCAGGACGGGCACGGUGACCUGGUGGUGGGCGCCCCGGGCUACAGCCGCCCCGGCCACGUGCACGUGGGGCGCGUGUACCUCAUUUAUGGCAACGACCUGGGCCUGCCCCCCCUCGACCUGGACCUGGAGGCCGAGGCCCAUGGGGUCCUGGAGGGCUCCCAGCCCGCAGGCCGCUUCGGCUCCGCCCUGGCCGUGCUGGACUUCAACAGGGACGGGCUGCCCGACCUGGCCGUGGGCGCCCCCUCCACGGGCUCGGAGCAGCUCACCUACAAGGGCGCGGUGUACGUCUACUUCGGCUCCAGGAGAGGAAAACUGUCUCAGGCCCCCGACGUCACCGUCUCCUGCCGGGACACGUACUGCAACCUGGGCUGGCGGCUCCUGGCGGCCGACGUGGACGGAGACGGCGCGCCCGACCUGGUGCUGGGCUCCCCCUUCGCGCCGGGCGGCGGGAAGCAGCGGGGCAUGGUGGCCGCCUUUCACUCCGGCCCCCGCCGACGCCACGGAGACAAGCUGAACGUGGAGGCGGCCGACUGGCAGGUGAGGGGCGAGGAGGACUUCGCCUGGCUGGGCUACUCGCUCCACGCCGUCCACCUGGACAACAGGACGCUGCUGCUGGCGGGGAGCCCCACCUGGAAGAACAGCAGCAGCCUGAGCCGCCUGUUCCACUCGCGGGACGAGAAGCAGAGCCUGGGCCGCGUGGACGGCUACUUCCCGCCCGGCCGCCAGAGCGCCUUCUCCAUCACGGGCGACAAGGCGAUGGGGAAGCUGGGCACCUCCCUGUCCAGUGGCCACGUGAUGGUGAACGGGACGCGGACGCCGGUGCUGCUGGUGGGCGCCCCCACGCACGACGACGUGUCGAAGAUGGCCUUCCUGACCAUGACCUUGCACCAGGGCGGGGCCACCCGCAUGUACCAGCUGAGCCCCGCCGCCCGGCCCGCCCUGCUCAGCACCUUCAGCGGAGACCGCCGCUUCUCGCGCUUCGGGGGCGUCCUGCACCUGAGCGAUCUGGAUGGGGACGGCUUAGACGAGGUCCUCGUGGCCGCCCCCCUGCGGAUCGCGGACAUGACCUCGGGGCUCAUCGGGGGAGAGGACGGCCGCGUCUACGUCUACAACGGCCGGCGCACCUUCUCCGGCGACAUGACGGGCAAAUGCAAGUCCUGGACGUCCCCGUGCCCAGAGGAGAAGGCCCAGCACGUCCUCGUUUCCCCGGAAGCGAGCUCGCGGUUCGGGAGCGGCCUGGUCACCGUGCGGUCCAAGGACAAGAACCAAGUGGUCGUGGCCGCGGGAAGGAGUUCUCUGGGGGCCCGACUGGCCGGGGCGCUUCACGUCUACAGCCUGGACUCGGACUAAAGCCCUGCCGUGUGCCCCCGCCCCGUGGACUGCGGGAGAACCUGCUGGCAGGAGGUGAGGCUCCUGGGCGUGGAGACACGUGCAGCCAGACUGUCUGGAAACGAAACGGCACGUCCGACCGCGCCCCCAGCACGCGGCAUCGUGGGCACCGCCGCUCACUCCUGCCCAAGGUGACCCCUAAGACAGCACGUGGGCACCCGGCACAUGGGAAACUAACGCACGGCGGCCGGUGGAUUAAAUGCUCACCGCGGUGAUUCUGAA